AUGGCUGUAGACGAAGAAAAUCAAAGCAAGAAAGAAGGCAACACCAACACUGAUGCCCAAGAAGUCUUCUCUGGCGAGGAACCCGCCAAGAUCAAUAAGCUAGGAGUUGCUGCUUUUGUGGUCAUCUUUCUCCUAGUACUAAUUGUUGGAGGAACUCUUAAUGCCAACUCGGACAGUGAAGAUUCCACCAAACAAGCAGUCGAUUCGGCUCCAACUUCGGAUGUUACCGACGCACCAGCUCCAAUGACACCACCCCUGGAUUAUUCCAACUACUAUUUCAAUCGGAUCGCCACCUUUCCCGUCUGUAUGCAACUCGAUGAUACUUGCAACACGGACCAACAGACAGUGGCCGAGAUUGUUCAAGCUUCCGAGGAUGGCAUGAUGAUUGCCUACACGGACGGGACACAAAACUCGAUCGGAUUCAUCGAUAUUUCUGACCCCAUGGCUCCGAUGAAGGCUGGAUUGGUCAAUGUGGGAGGAGAAACUACUUCGCUUGUCAUCAAGGGCAAGUACGUUGCUGUGGGUGUCAACACCUCUCCUGACUUCGUCAAUCCCUCGGGAAACUUGCAAGUGAUUGAUAUGGAAACUCAAGCCAUCGUUGCCAACAUUGAUAUGGGUGGACAACCAGACUCGGUUGCUCUGAGUCCAGACAAGAAAUUCAUGGCGAUCGCCAUCGAAAACGAGCGCGACGAAGACUUGAAUGGCGGUUUGCUCCCUCAAUUGCCGGCCGGAUUCUUGCAAAUUGUCGACUGUUCGUCUGAAGAUCCCACAGAGUGGACUGCCACCAAGGUGGAAAUGACUGGGUUGGACGGUGUCCUGUACAACAGUGAUCCUGAACCCGAGUUUGUUUCCAUCAAUUCAGAUAACAUUGCGGUUGUGACCCUCCAAGAGAACAAUGGACUCGUCUUGGUCGACUUGGCCAACGCUGAAAUCAUGGAGUCCUUCUCUGCUGGAACUACUACUGUCACCAAUGUGGAUAUUACGGAAGAAGACAUUAUUGAACAAAAUGGAUCGGUUACCGUGCCUCGUGAACCCGAUGGUGUCACUUGGAUUGGAACCGAGUACUUUGCUACUGCUGAUGAAGGUGACUUGGAUGGUGGAAGCCGUGGUUUCACCAUCUUCGAUACUACGGGUGCUGUUGUCUAUGAAAGCGGUAACAUGAUUGACGAGUUGACCAUCCGUUACGGACACUACCCCGAUGCACGCUCUGAAAACAAGGGUAAUGAACCUGAAAAUGUUCUUUACGCGGAGUUUGAGUCCUUGAAGUUGUUAUUUGUUGGAUCCGAACGAUCCAGUUUGGUCUUUGUAUUCGAAGUAUCGGAUAUUACCAACCCUGUCUUCCGCCAAGUGCUUCCUACUGGUGUCAAGCCCGAAGGAAAGUUCGCGAUUCCUUCUCGCAACCUGCUUGUUGUUGCUGCCGAAGAAGAUUCUCGUGCCGACAAGAUGCGCUCCGCCGUGACGGUCUAUCACAUUUCAGAAACUGCUCCUGUCUACCCCAAUUUGGUAUCUGCCAAUGGCGAUGAUGGCAACCCUAUUCCUUUCUCUGCUUUGAGUGGUCUCUCCUUUAAGGAUGGCAUGCUCUACACAGUCGAAGAUUCUUACUUCAAACAGAGCCGCAUGUUUGCGAUUGAUCCUUCCGCUUAUCCAUACACUGUCACUACUGAAGUCAAGAUUACUGAUACCAACGAUGUCCUUUCCGCUAUUCUUGACGCCAACGCGACUGCUGUCAUCAUGAACAACGACAAGACGGUCAAUCUUGACUUGGAAGGCAUCGAAGCUGUCGAUGAUGGCUUCUGGCUUGUGAGUGAAGGUUCUGGAACCGUUGAUGACGCCGCCCGCCCUGUCACUACUCCCAACCUGUUGUUGAAGGUUGACGCUGCUGGAGUCGUAAACACAGCUGUGACCCUUCCAGCCGAGUUGAACGCUGGCCAACUACGAUUCGGAUUGGAAGGUGUUGCUGUCGAGGGAGACAACGUUGUUGUUGCUUUCCAACGCGCCUGGACCGCACUUGGUGAUACCGAACCGCGUCUUGGAAUCUACAGCUUGGCCACCGACUCCUGGAGUUUUGUCUUCUAUCCAUUGGACACACCUGAAAGUCAAAACGGUGGCUGGGUUGGACUUUCCGACAUUGCAUCGCUUGGAAAUGGUGAAUUCCUGAUCUUGGAACGUGACAACCAAGGUCUCACCGAUGCUGCCAUCAAGAAGAUAUACAAGAUUGACUUGGGUGACUUUUCGAUUGCCGACGGAGUCACCGUUCAGAAGACAUUUGUUCAUGACUUGACUAACGACUUAAUGUAUGCGGGAGGACUAGUUACUGAGAAGGUUGAAGGGUUGACCGUUGAUGCGUCUGGCAAUAUUUGGGUCAACAAUGAUAACGAUGGAGUUGACGACCACAGUGGAGAGCAAUUUUUGCUCAAUAUCGGCCCAGUGAACUAG